GGUCUUCAGCAUUGAAAACGACUCUCUCAAUCAUUCCAAGCCACAGUACCACAACUUCACUUGACAAUAUCCACCAAGAUGCGCUUUACAUCUCUCAUCUUCGUUGCUCUCGCCGUUGGUCCUCUGGGCGCCCUCGCUGCCCCAACCCCCGCAGACAAUGCCGAGAACGCUGCACUCGAUUGCCCCGAUGGUGGCAAAAUUCACUGUGGUAACUGCAACGGCACCAGCUGCAGAAUCGGAUUCAAGAAUUACCCCUGUGAUGAGGGCAAGUGCACUGCCCAGAGUGGAGGCGGGGAUGGGGCUUACUGCUGGGACAACAAUUACGGUGGCUCCAGACACAUCGUUUGUCCGGGAAGAGGCUAGAUUUGAUCUGGAUUAUGCUCUCAAGGUGGUAUAGUAUCCAUGGAUGGAGGUUGGCAUCAAAAUGGAGACUGCUGGAGACUUUGAUGUCGAUGACGCAGCCCGUGUCAACAGACAAGACUUGUUGUCUUGUUCUGCACACUCAUUUCGAGAUUUCAUAUGUCUUUAACUAUGUGCUUAAUUCAAACGCGCUUACUAUUCAACAAGUAGCGGUACCGCAAUGAAUUCGACGAUUAUGAC